AUGUCAUUUGGAGACUUCGAUGGUCGAUCCGCAGCUGCGAGUUCAGCAAAUCCAAGGCAAUUUACGUUUAAUUUGAAUGAACGAGGAGGAGGAAACAAUCCGUCUGCAACUGGACUUCGUGACUUUGAGCCAGAUCCACGAAACAUUGAUCGAACAUCCCAUGUCGUAUUUCAGAUAUCAAACAAUGUGGCAUCUAUUCAAAAGUUGGCUGGUUUGCUUGGUGGAAGUAGGGAUACGCCUGAUUUGCGUCAGAAAUUACAUGGAUUGGUGGAGGAUACUCGAGAUAUGGUGAAGCAGACAAGCCAAGAUCUGAAAGUCAUGGUUGGAAGUGAAGAUGCCAAUUCGUUUGAGGGAAGGAAUCGCAAAAUGGCACAACAGAAACUCCAACGCGACUUUGAACAAGUGUUGGGACGCUUCCAAUCUGUAUCCAAAUUCGUGGCUGAAAAGUCGAGAGAGUUUGUUGCGAGGGCUAAGGCUGCUCAUGAUCGAGGCAUGAUUGAUCCAUUCAAGGAAGACGAAGAUUUGACGGAAGAUGCGCCGUUACUGGGAACCAGCCAAACACAGAAACUCAAACAAAUUCGAGCACUAGAUAACGAAGUCGAGUAUAGUGAGGCCUUGAUUGCAGAACGAGAAGUUGAGGUGCAAGAGAUUGAAAGAUCGAUUGCUGAAGUGAAUGAAAUAUUUCGGGAUUUGGGGACACUUGUUCAUGAGCAGGGUUAUAUGCUUGACAAUAUUGAAUCGAAUGUAUCAGCAACCGCCAUCAACAUGGAGAAUGCCACUGGAGAACUGAGGACGGCAUCCAAGUAUCAGAAGAAUGCUCGAGCUAGGAUGUGUUGUUUGAUGCUUAUUGUUGCUAUUGUGAUUGCUGUGGUGGUGGUGGUGCUGGUGUCUUGA